ACUGAAGAACUGUGAACUCACACAAAAGUGCUGUGAUAUCGUGGCCUCAGCUCUCCAGUCAUCAAACUCACCCCUGAGAGAUCUGGACCUCAGCUACAAUAACCUGGGAGAUUCAGGAGUGGAGCUGCUCUGUGCUGGACUGAUGAGUCCAAACUGUGAACUACAAAGUCUGGGGCUGGGUUGGUGUAAUCUCACAGAGGGCUGCUGUGAUGUUCUGGCCUCAGUCCUGCGUUCUCCUCACUCAGAGCUGAGAGAUCUGGAGCUCAGAGACAACGAGCUGCAGGAUUCAGGAGUGAGAGCGCUCUCUGCUGGACUGGAGGACCCACACUGUAAACUGCAUAGAAUGGGGCUGUCAGGCUGUAGAGUCACACAGAGAGGCUGUGAUUCUCUGGCUUCAGCUCUGUGUUCAAACCCCUCACAUCUGAGAGAGCUGGACCUGAGAUACAAUCACCCAGGAAACUCAGGAGUGAGAGCGCUGUCUGCUGCUAAACUGGACACACUCACACUGCUUGUGGACCAUGGAGGAGAGAACAGGACCAAACCAGGACCCAGGAAAUACGGCUGUCACCUCACACUGGAUCCAAACACAGCGCAGAGAGGGCUGUCUCUGUCUGAGGGGUACAGGAAGGUGACACACACAUGGGGGAGAGAGCAGCCAUAUCCUGGUCAUCCAGAGAGAUUUGAGUCUGUGUGCCAGGUUGUGUGCAGAGAGAGUGUGUAUGAGCGCUGUUACUGGGAGGCUGAGUGGAGUGAGACUGAGGGGUGGGGAUGGGUUUAUAUAGCAGUGACAUAUAAAGGAAUCAGCAGGAAAGGAGCGGGUAAUGACUGUGUGUUUGGAUGGAAUAAAAACUCCUGGAGUCUGAGGUGCAUUAAACUCAGUGAUUCUGAUAAACUCAGUUACUCUGUCUGUCACAAUAAGAACCAAACAGACAUACCUGCCCCCCCCUCCCCCUACCGUAGAGCAGGAGUGUGUGAUGAUGAUGAUGGUAGAGGAGUGUGUGUGUACAGGGUAGGAGUGUGUGUGGACCGUCCGGCCGGCACUCUGUCCUUCUACAGCGUCUCAGACUCUGACACACUGACCCUCCUGCACAGAUUCCACACACACUUCACUCAACACACACCCCUCUGUGCUGGAUUUUAUGUGUGUGACUCCUCAGUGUCCCUCUGCUAACUGGAGUAGAGACACACACACAUGCACACACACACACACACGUGCGAACACACAAACACUCAUAUACACUUAGACCCUCACACACCCACACCUACACACACACACAAACACGCACACAUGUGCGCACACACAAACAUGCACAUGCACACACACGCGUACACACACACACACAUGCGCAUACACACUCGUAUGCAUGCACGCACACACACACACACUCACGUACACACACACACCACAUUCAUAUACCCACUCACACACACACACACCACACACACUCAUAUACACAUACACACACACUCGCACAUACACACUCAGAUACACAUAGACACACACACCCACAACUGCACACACACAUCCACACACACACAUACUCUCACACACACCCUUUCUCUCUCAUACUCACACUCAUGCACACGCACUCACACACCUACGCACUAACACACCCGUGCGCACACACUCACACACUUACACACACAUACACACUCUCUCACCCCCACUCACACACCCAAUCACACACAUGCACACACACCUACACACAUGAACACACACAAUCUCUCGCACACACAAACACACACAUUCACCAGUGCACUCUCACGCGUGCACACACAUGCAUGCAUACGUACACACGCUCAUAACCGUAUACACACACACUCUCUCUCUCUCUCAUACUCAGUCACUCACACACACACACACACCCUCUCUCUCACACACACACACACACGCUCACAUCCACACACAUUCACACAAACGCACACACACACACACACAAACUCAUGCACUCACGCACACACACAUACAUGCGUACAGAGACACAAACACGUGUCAACACACACACUCCUCAGUGUCCCUCUGCUAACUGGAGUAGAGACACACACAUGCGCGCACACACAAACAUGCACACACACA